AUGACUCGCGUGUCGGCCGAAUCUGUUCUCAAUUGUAAAUCAGUAUGCUCAAAUUGGCUAAGUGUUGUUCGCCAUCCGUUGUUCUCGAAGAAGCACUUCCAUCAUCAUCUUAAUCAUGCUGGUACGUUGGGUUUUAUUGCUUCUGCUUCUACUUAUUCUUCUGAAGAGUUUCAGUAUUUUGAAUGUAAUGAAAAUCAUUAUGAGUCGACAACACCCGUUCAGAGAAUUAAAAGGGUUAAUUUAACCUCUCCAUUUAAGAAGAGUAUGAGCUUUGCAUGUUCUUCUAAUGGGUUGAUCUGUCUUGAAGCCGAAUCUGUUUGUAUCUGUAACCCCAUUACCAGGGAAUAUGUUAUUCUUCCAAAACCCAAGGAAAAGACUUAUGUGGCCGGAUUCGGUUAUGUUUCUUCAACUGGAGAGUACAAAGUGUUAGGAAUACUUCUUGAGUUCAACAAACAAGGAAGACAUGAGUCAGAGUUUGCACAAGUUUACGUUUACACUCUAGGCUCUAGAAAAGGAUGGAGAAACCUUGGAACAUUUACUUCUCAAUUCUACGUUCUCUCUGAAUGGGAUGGACCUGAUGUGGUUGACCUGUAUUUCCAUCAAUACAAGUGUACUGUGGUUUUCGAGAAAAUGCAGAAUUCAGAACACAUAAGCUACAAAGCUACAGUAGUAGCUCAAUGGUGUCUGCCAGAGUUGCAGGUACUAAUACUGAGGAAUGAUGCAGGUACUUUUGGAGCAGCGAAAGGGAAAACCACAAGAUCGCUACAGAGAAUAACAGGUAGGGGAAUUGCUAAAGGAAUACAAACACUUCAUCUGGAGACUGACAGCAAGAAUGUAGCUGAUGCAAUCAAUGGUUCCACUAGUAGUGUCAAAUGUAACCCAAGAUUGUCUUUCUAG